UGCCUCUCUGCAUGAGGGAUUCUUGUCAGACACCAUCGCCCACCAUGAACACCAGACCACUUAGAACUCGUGUGACUUUUGCGUUGGAAUCCAGGUGCCUGCUGGCCAUUAGAGGAUCACGCGAGCAUGUGAAUGUCACGAGUGUAAUGCCUCCCAAAUCCGUUGCCGCACUCCCAAUGACAGGGUGGUGUGCUGCAUCUGCAAGGCCGACCAGGAGGGGCUGGCAAACCGCUCCUGGACCACUUUAUUUUGCUGGCUCGUUUGGGCUGUGCGCUCCCAAGUGCAGCAGCACCCACUUCGACACUGCUGCUGCUGACAGCGGCCAUGGCAUACAGAGCGACCUGUACCAAGGAAUCAGGAGAGAAUUGACUGCUGAGUUUGGGACGGAACCAUUUGUCUUCCAGGUCCAAGAAGAGAUGACGGAGGGGAUUCAAGUCUUCAAGCAAGACAAAGCUGCUGCGGAAGAACAAGCAGCCCCACAAGAACAAGAGGGAGGAAAGGGCGGAGACCUGUAUGUCGUCACAAACUUCUCUCCGAUCGAGGAGAGAGGCACACUCCAGUAUGCUCUAGCCCGGCCGGAGCCCCUGUGGAUCGUCUUCGACCAGGCCGCUGCUGACAAGGCACCCCAGAAAGAUGGAAGCCCCAUGAUCGACUACAGUGGCAUCGCCAUCACGCAGGACUCGAAGAGGCAGCUGCGUGUCUCAUCAAACAAGACCAUUGAUGGCCGCGGGUUACGGAAACCGGUAGUCAUAUUCGGUGCUGGUCUUCUGAUAGAGAAYGACACUAAGAAUGUUAUUGUCUGCAACGUGUCUUUCGAUGGCGCUUUCUCCCAAGGAAAGGGAGGAAAGCCGGACCUUGACAUCCCCGGGGAGAAGAGCAACGACAUUGAUGCUAUCAAAAUCACGGGGAACAACGCYGGAGGCAAAUCACCCUCUGAUAUUUGGAUCGAACGUGUCACCUGCAAGAACUUCGUGGACGGGCUAAUCGACAGAACCCGGGGAGCCACUAACGUUACCAUCUCUCGAUGCCUGUUUUCAGCUCACAACAAGGCCAUGUUGUUCGGAGGAAGCGACAAGCUUGGUGACGUCGAUAAGAGGAUAAGAGUGACACUUCAUCAUAAUAUGUUCGACGGGUGUGGACAACGCCAUCCCCGCCUGCGCUUUGGCUUCGUCCACAUGUACAACAACUGCCUCCGGCGAUGGAAAUCCUCCGCUGUGGGUCUUGGAACGCAGGGCCAAAUUCUUAUGCAACAGAAUUACUUUCUSCAGGGAUCAAGUGACACGGUCCUGGACCUCAAACCUGUGGGCAGUGAGGAUAYGCAMGGGAUCAUGUCCAGCGGAGACAUCUACAGCCCUGCCUCACUCGACAUCAAUGGCAAUCGCAAGUUCGACCAGGUUCGCAAGAACUUCCAUCUUGUCCAGGGAGUCUCUCAGAGUGGCACCCCUCUCACUGUGGAGAAAAUACCCAACGGACCAUCCCUGGAGAAAAAGCUAGACAACAUAGUCGGGGCUGCUGAUGGAAAUCGGUUCCUCGAUUUAACCUUCUAGUUCUUCGCCGCAGCUGGAUAAAAGACGUGACGAUCAUUCUGUACCCCUGCUCGUAACGCCUUAGAGCUG